GAUAGGAUUUGGAAAAGGUAGGGUUUGACACCACGUAGGUCAUUUGAUCUCAUUUUUCUCUGAAAUGCGAUUUUAUCGCCCUCUGCGCAAGAAAAUUAAUGGUUUUGCGUGGAUAAUUUUAAAUUACGUAACUUUAACUUAGUUAUAGAAAUGGCUGGAGGAAAAGUGCAUUUUACUUCUCAGUUAACUAGGAACGAAAUUAUAGGACUUGUUUUUCGACUUACAUUAUUUGGUGCUUUGACUUAUUUCGGUGUCAAAUGGAUGGUUAAUGCAAUAGAUCCUACAAGGAAGCAAAAGGUUGAAGCUCAGAAACGGGCAGAGCGAAUACUAAGUAGAAUAGGAGUAAGCAAUAUUAAGUUGACAGAAUAUGAAUUGUCCAUUGCUGCCCAAUUAGUGGAUCCUGAAAGUAUAGGAAUCUCAUGGAGUGACAUCGCAGGAUUGGAUGAUAUCAUCCAAGAGAUCAGAGAGACUGUUAUACUACCAAUUCAGAAGAGAGAACUUUUUCAAGGAUCUUCAUUGAUACAACCACCAAAAGAUUCAUCAUCUAUCUCACUGUCUUGCAUCUUGGACAAGAUCCUUCAGACUGGCAUGUGGACAAAUCUAAUCUGCAUAUUCAUCUCCCAUUAUCCCAUUAUGUUGCUGUUUCAUCUUUUACGGGAUUUCGACUCCCUCCAGUCACUGUUCUUCAUUCUACAGACCCUCUUUGAGAACGGUGUUCUUCUCCAUGGGCCACCAGGAUGUGGGAAAACAAUGAUAGCCAAAGCUACAGCAAAAGAAGCAGGAGCUCGGUUUAUAAACCUAGAAGUUUCCUCACUCACUGAUAAGUGGUAUGGAGAGUCUCAAAAGUUAGCAGCAGCAGUGUUCUCACUGGCAGUUAAGAUACAACCUUGCAUCAUAUUUGUUGAUGAAAUUGACUCCUUUUUGCGUUCCCGGGACACUCACGACCAUGAAGCAACAGCUAUGAUGAAAGCCCAGUUCAUGAGUUUAUGGGAUGGGUUAAUCACUGAUCCCAAAUGUCAAGUGAUCAUCAUGGGGGCCACCAAUCGACCACAAGAUGUUGACAGAGCUAUCCUUCGUCGAAUGCCAGCAAUGUUUAAUGUAGGACUUCCGAAUCUUCCCCAAAGAGAAGGGAUCCUGAACUUGAUUCUUGUAAAUGAAAUGGUUUGUGAAGAUGUAAGUGUGUCUGAUGUAGCAAAAAUGACAGGAGGUUUCUCAGGGAGUGAUCUUCGAGAGUUAUGCCGCAUUGCUGCUUUGUAUAGGGUGAGGGACUACCUUAAGGAAGAGGCAAAACAAAAAGAAGUAAGAGAAUGCAAAGAUGAAGAAAAUUAUUAUGAUGCUCUUCGACCAAUCAGCAUGGAAGAUUUUAUUUGUGCCCUAGAGAAAAUGAAAUACUCGAAAGUGCAUUCGCUGUCAGCUAUACAGUCAAUUCCUGUAGACUGAACAAAAUGAUAUUCUAGCCCUCAUUGUUUUGUGAUAACUUGCUAAGUUUAUUAGAAAUGUAGAGAUUUGUCUGCAAACAUUUUAUAAAAGACAAGCUUGAGAUGGUCAUGGAUAAUUAGAUGUUACUCACCUAAUAGAGAAAUCAACUUAGAUAAUUUAAGAAAAUGACACCAUCUUCUAAUGGACAAAAAAUUAUUUUCUAACUUCUGGUUGACUAGUGGUUUUUAGAAAUUUCAGAUCAACGACAAAAAGUUUGAAAUUUCUUAUUCUACCUGUAAGACCUUAGUAAAUUAGAAAUUGAUACACCAAGUUUACUAAAAUUCAAAUUUUUGUGCAUUUAAAUCUGAAGUAAUCGUUCUAACAAUGUAUAGGUACCCAAAAUUAAAAAACAACAGUCUUUUAGUUACUAAAUUAUACAUGCCUUACAACAUAGGAAAAUAAAAUCCCUUUAUUUCUUUCCUGUACGAAAAUAUGAAAAUAUACAGUUUUAAACUUCUUA